GGGGGGAAGGAAGAGACCUCUGUGUCCUUCCUGUGGGUGGGACCCCCUGGAGUUCCAUCUCCUCUCCCUCCCCACUGUCCCCCACUUCCCCCCAUGGCGCCUGUGGGGCUGAUCCUGUUGAUGCUCUGCUCUGCUCUGGGGCCCAGCGCGGCCAAAGUCGUCUGGUGCUUCGCCCGAUUGGAGGAGGCCGAGGGGGGCGGGGCCUGCCUGGAGCCGGUGGGCGAUGAGCCCAUCCAAUUGGCCGACUGCUGCCUCAACCCCGCCUACGGCUACAGGCCCCACCUGCACAGCCCCUGCCUCAGCUGCCGACAGGGCGCGUGGGGGCCCUGGGGCCCCUGGAGCAGCUGCUCGGUGACCUGUGGGGAGGGGACCCAGCGGCGGGGCCGGAGCCGGACCCCGGCGGGGACGAUGGGGACAGGAGGGAGUGGCAGCUGCAAGCGUGUCACCUGCCCUGCUGCCCGGAGCCGGGGGGCUGGACCCCCUGGUCGCCGUGGGGCAGCUGCUCCGUGACGUGCGGGAUGGGGACCCAGAGGCGCAGCCGGAGCUGCACCAACCCCGCCCCCAAGUGCGGGGGCACCUGCGGCGCGGGGGGCACCGAGGAGAGCCAGCAGUGCCAGGGCAAGACCCUGAAGUGUCCCGUGAGCGGGUCCUGGGGCGUGUGGGGCCUUUGGGGCGGCUGCUCCGGCACGUGCUACGGGGCCGGGACGAAGCCGAGGCGGAGCCGCAGCCGCCACUGUGAUUCACCCGCGCCUUCGACGGACCCGCCCGGCGACCCCUGUGCCGGCAGCGACACCGACAGCCAGGAGUGCCCGGGGCUGAAGCCCUGCCCCGUGGACGGCGCGUGGGGGGGGUGGUCCAUGGCCACGCCCUGCUCGGUGACGUGCGGAGUGGGCGGGGUCACGCUGCGCCGCGCGUGCAACAACCCUGCCCCUCAGCACGGCGGCCGCGCGUGCGCAGGAAAGGACACCCGGCAGGGGGUCUGCGGGCCCCGCAAGGCCUGUCCGGAGGAGCUGCACUGGGGGCCGUGGAGCUCCUGGAGCCCCUGCGCCCGCCCCUUCUCCGAGUCCAUCCGCUGCAAGAGCCUGGUGGGGCAGCAGCAGCGCACCCGGGCGUGCGUGGGGCACAGCCAGGGGGCCCCGCUGUCCCGCCACGGCGGGGCUCAGCACCAUCCACAUCCGCGCCUGCUACGACAUCCACAACUGCUUCUUGCCCGGGAACUGGACAGACUGGAGCCCCUGGGGGCUCUGCACCCCCCCGUGUGGGGAGAGCCCCACGCGGAGCCGCAGCCGGGAGUGUCGGCCCAUCCUCCCCUCCUACAAGCUGACGGUGACACAGAUGGGCACCGGCGGGAGCAGCAACGUCACCUUCUCGGGGGUGGCUCGGCCCAGGUGCGAGCCCCUGAUGGGGGAGAGGCUGCGCCUGGAGGAGACCCGGCCCUGCCUGCACGUCCUGCCCUGCCCCAACCCCGACGAGGAAUGAGGCUCCCGGUGACCUCGUGGGACGCUCCUCGGACCCCAAACUCGCCCGGAUUUCCCCCCAAAACGCGCUUGGCUCCUCCUCCCGACCCUUCCCUCCAAUAAAGACGCGGCACCGAAGCGGCUCCUGACGGCC